AUGAAUUGGCAUCCCAGCAAGUGUCUUGAGGACCCAGAGGUAUACAGGAGCAAGUUUCUCUCUGAAAAGACGGGACGAAACAAGUUUGCUCUUAUCAUUCUGAAUCAACCGAUUCUCAUUCAGCGCAAGCUUUUUGAGAAUGUCUGGAAUAAUGCAACAUACAGGUUUUGUGCAGAUGGCGGAGGAAAUCGACUGUACGAUUUGUUGGAAACGGAAGAGGAGCGUAUAAAGAUUUUUUUUUUUUCUAGAUUCCUGCCUGAUUAUAUCCGUGGUGAUUUAGACUCCUUACGUGAUUCAGUCAAAGAAUAUUAUGAAUCGAAGGGUGUUCCGGUGGAACAAAAUGGCGAUGAGGAAUCGACGGAUUUCAUGAAGUGUGUGGAGCUUGUUCGUGAACGAGACAACAAAUCAUCGUCCUUUGCCGAUUCACAAAUAAAACAAGAUACAGAAGAGUUAGGUGGUAAUUUAGGAGUGGUUGCACUUGGAGGAACAGGUGGACGGUUUGAUCAGUCCAUGUCAUCGAUCCACCAUUUAUAUGUCCUCAACCGAGAGAGACACGCCACCCUACUAUCGGAUGAGAGUAUUAUUGUAGUUCUUGGCACUGGCAAGCACGAGAUUACUUGCAACUUAGAUAUUGAAGGGCCAACAUGUGGCAUAAUUCCAGUCGGUUCUUCUGAAGCCACUCUGACCACAAUCGGACUUAAGUGGGACAUUAAAAAUUGGAAAUCAUCUUUCGGAACAAAAGUCAGCACUUCGAAUGCAUUGGUGAGUACCAAGAUUACCAUCGAAACCACUGCACCUGUUGUCUGGACCACUGAGCUGAGAUACAAAAGAGAACAAUAG